AUGCAUCCUCUACUGCCUCCACAAAGGACUCAAGUUGAAUCUGCUAGCUCUCUUGUUCAAAAAUUCAAUCUAACCACCACAACACUACUAAUAUCUGAGGCCCAACUAUUCAAUGAACCCAUAUCACCACCCUCCUCCACUCCCUCAUCUCCACCCUACUACAACAUUUCAUCUGACUCUGACCAAUCUGAACCAUCUGACCCUCAAUCCCCUACUCUUACGCAACUCCAAGCUCACGCCAUCUCCGCUCAAAAUCCAUCUGAGCUAGAAACAACCAUCCCUUCCCCAUAUAAACACCCAACAACACCACCCUUUGAACCUCACACAGAAACACCCUUUGAAAACCCUAUUACCCAACCAUCUGACCCUCCCACUGAAACCAUCCCCGUACCACCAGCACCUAUAUCUCCCACCUCUGAACCUGAACCUUCCUUUCCCACUUUGGAAGAGGCAAUAGCCCUAUUUUCUAAGUCGUCAAUGGAAAAGAUCAUAUCACUGUCUGAAAACUCUAGAAUCAGUGAUGAUCCCUCUGUAAUGAGGAUUCACUAG